GUUGAAGCUCAUAAUGGUCCACCCCACAGUGCCCCACACUCGAAUUGUUUAUUCAACGAACACCCCCAUCUUCGAUCAAUGUCAUAAAGAAUCCACCCAAAAUCGAUUUCUUUUCGACGCUUUCUCUUCCAAUCCUAGAUCUGGCGCACUGUCAACAGCAUUUGGUCUAACUUUAUAGAUUUCAUUCCGAUUGAGGCUCAAAGAAGAGAUCUUUGAUCCGAUGGCGGUCGCUGUCCGAGGAAGCCGGAGCGGUGGGGGAUCGGGUAUCGGUGGAUUGAGCUUCCGGAGUUUCUUCUCGUACCGGAUCUUCGUUUCCGCCAUGUUCUCCCUCCUCUUCAUCGCCACACUCUCCGUUCUCCUCACCACCAAUCCCUCCACUCCUCAGCACGACUCUACACUUCCGACAACUGGGAAUGCGUACGUACAUCGAACAUUUUUGGCAUUGAAAUCCGACCCACUUAAAACGAAAUUGGAUUUGAUACAUAAGCAAGCGAGUGAUCACAUUACGCUUGUGAAUGCGUACGCUGCCUAUGCGAGGAAGCUUAAGCUUGAGAUUUCUAGGCAGUUGAGGAUGUUUGAUGAUCUAGCGCAGACUUUCUCGGAUCUACAGAUGAAGCCCACUUACCGGGCAUCGUUGUUUGAGUCUGACGGUCCAGUGGAUGAGGAUAUUUUGAGGCAAUUUGAAAAGGAGGUGAAGGAUAGAGUUAAGACUGCACGGUUGAUGAUUGCAGAGGCGAAGGAGAAUUAUGAUAAUCAGUUAAAGAUACAAAAGUUGAAGGAUACAAUCUUUGCUGUUAAUGAGUUGCUUAUUAAGGCGAAAAAGAAUGGGGCAUCUGCAAGCUUGAUUUCUGCAAAGUCGAUUCCAAAGAGCUUGCAUUGUUUGGCAAUGAGGCUUGUAGAGGAGAGGAUUUCUCACCCUGAGAAGUAUAGGGAGGAGGUGUCUAAGCCAGAGUUUGAGGACCCGAGUUUGUAUCAUUAUGCCAUAUUUUCUGAUAAUGUGAUUGCAGUAUCUGUGGUAGUAAGAUCUGUGGUAAAGAAUGCACAGGAGCCUUGGAAACAUGUUUUCCAUGUUGUUACGGACAGGAUGAAUCUUGCGGCAAUGAAAGUUUGGUUUAAGAUGAGGCCAGUGGAAGGAGGUGCCCAUGUGGAGGUGAAGGCGGUAGAGGAUUAUACUUUCUUGAAUUCUUCAUAUGUGCCAGUAUUGAGGCAAUUCGAAUCAUCAAAGUUGCAGAGGUCUUACUUUGAGAAUCAGGCAGAGAAUGCUACUAAGGAAGCUAACAACAUGAAGUUUGGGAACCCAAAGUAUGAAUCAAUGUUGAGUCACCUUCGUUUUUAUUUGCCAGAGAUCUAUCCAAAAUUGCACAAAAUCCUAUAUUUGGAUGAUGAUGUUGUGGUUCAGAAAGACUUAACUCCCCUAUGGAAAAUUGAUCUAGAUGGGAAAGUGAAUGGGGCUGUUGAGACCUGCUUUGGGUCUUUCCACCGCUUUGCCCGGUAUUUGAAUUUUUCGCAUCCUCUAAUUAGGGAGAGGUUCAAUCCUAAGGCUUGUGCUUGGGCUUAUGGGAUGAACAUAUUUGAUCUUGACGCUUGGAGGUUUGAGAAAUGCACAGAGCAGUACCAUAACUGGCAGAACUUGAAUGAAGAACGCACCUUAUGGAAGUUGGGUACUCUUCCGCCUGGCCUGAUCACCUUUUACUCAACAACAAAAUCAUUGGACAAAUCCUGGCAUGUGCUAGGGCUUGGCUACAAUCCCAGCAUUAGCAUGGAUGAGAUCAACAAUGCUGCAGUCAUCCAUUACAAUGGCAACAUGAAGCCUUGGCUUGACAUUGCUAUGAACCAAUAUAAGAAUCUUUGGACCAAGUAUGUGGACAAUGAUAUGGAGUUUGUGCAGAUGUGCAAUUUUGGCCUCUAACUGAAUAGCAGUACUGCUCCGUCGUUGAUCAGGUAACAUGAGAAAUGAGUGCCAGCAAGGGUCCAUAUUGUGUUAUCUUAUUCUUGCCAGUUCUAAUAUCUGUAUUAGUUAACCUGCAGUGAUAUAGUCGUUAUUUUUUAUUCAAUGGUGAAGUGCUACCCAACAUUUUUGGUUU